AUGCCCAUCAUGGCGGCACCCGCGGCCGAAAACGGCGCCGGCGGCAAGUCUACGGCGGCGCAGAAGCGGAGAUUGCGGGCCAAGCGGCGAAAGACCGAGAAACGCCUCGACAUGGGUGCGCGGGCGAAGGGAGAGGACGGCCGGCAGGAGAAUGGGUCGGUGGACGUGCUGCACGGGGUUGAGGUUGAGUACGUGAGCGCGCCCAAUGACUUCAGCUUCCUGGAGAACAAUGGCGCCAGCUCCCCUCCCCCCGAUGGCAAAUCCUCUCCUGAGGCUAAGGCUGCAAGUCCCCCUGCUGCCGAUGCGGACGAGCACAUGGAGGAGGCCAAUGGCAAGCAGCCAGCAGAGGACCCAGAGGUGCAGGUGGCGGGAAUUGGGGCCACACCUGGGCUGGGCUCCACUGCUGGCUUGAGCGCGAACCCUGGGCUUGGUGCGACUGCUGGUCUGGGGGCAAACCCUGGCCUGGGGUCCAUCGCUGCGCUUGCUUUCACUGCCGGUCUCGGGGCCCCUGCUGCGGGCAUGCAAGCCGAAGCGAAUGGGGACAAGAAAUCCUUGGAGGACGAGUUUGGCAGGAUCUUUGACCGAUUCACCUCAGCCGAAGAGUUGAUGAACCCUGGGAAGGCGGCAAAGGGUGAAGAACACAAGGAGGAAGUGCCAGUGAAGAAGGAGGUGGAUGAUGGAGAUGCAGCUGUCGAAUCUGACAGCGAUGCGGAAGGUGAUAUCAACAAGAUGAGCAAAAAGAAGCGAAAGCUGAAUUCACAGAUGACCAUCGCUGAGCUGAAGCAGCUCUGUCCAAAGCCAGACGUUGUAGAGUGUUGGGAUGUGACAGCAGCAGAUCCACAGCUUCUUGUUUAUCUCAAGUCCCUCCGUAAUUCUGUGCCCGUGCCGCGGCACUGGUCGCAGAAGCGGAAGUACUUGCAGGGCAAACGUGGUAUUGAGAAGCCCGCAUUUGUGCUGCCGGAAUACAUUGAGGCCACCGGUAUCAGCGACAUGAGGGCGGCGUAUAAAGAGAAAGAGGAAGAGAAGAAAGUGAAGCAGAAGCAACGGGACAGGAUGCAGCCCAAACUUGGCAAGAUGGACAUCGAUUACACUGUCCUUUAUGAUGCUUUCUUUAAGCACCAGAAGAAGCCCAAGCUCAGUGGGCUGGGGGAGCUGUACUACGAGGGCAAGGAGUUUGAGCCCAAGCUGAAGGACAUGAAGCCUGGCCUGCUGAGCGCUGAGCUGCGCCAGGCGCUCGGCAUGGCCGAAGGCGCGCCCCCUCCCUGGCUGAUCAACAUGCAGCGGUAUGGGCCCCCACCUUCGUACCCCUCGCUCAAGAUCCCAGGCCUUAAUGCGCCCAUCCCACCAGAUGCCUCCUUCGGGUACCACCCUGGUGGCUGGGGCAAGCCCCCGGUUGAUGAACAGGGGAACCCGCUCUAUGGUGAUGUGUUCGGGCAGUAUGAGGAUGAAGUGGACUCUGACAGAGAGGUUGACAAGUCAUGGCGGUGGGGCACUUUGGAUUCAGAUGCCGAGGAGUCUUCCGAGGAGGAGGAAGAUGAGGAAGAGGACGAAGACGAAGAUGGGGCAGCCGCGGAUGGCCGCUCGAUCGACGACGAUGCCGUGAGGGCAGGAAUAUCUUCGGUUGCGUCUGGCUUUGCCUCCAGCCUGCCAUCUGGCAUCGAGACACCAGACAUGAUCGACUUGCGGAAGGCCACUGACCAAAGACAGAAGCAUCUGUACACCGUCUUGGAACAGAAGGCGGCCAACGUUGGUCAGGGAGCCCUGAUGGGCUCUGACCACAUCUACGUGAUGCCGAAGGAAAGGGGCGAAAAGGAGAAGUGGCCAGUUGGCGCCAUGGGAAAGAGAACGGACAUGAAGGCCACCGCAGCUGCUGCCGACGUUGUGGAGGUGACGCUGGAUCCCGAGGAGCUGGAGGACCAGGCGGCCAUCCAGCGGCUGUACGAUCAGGGCGUGCAGGAGAACCGCCUGAAGAACAAGCGGGAGGACUUCUCAGACAUGGUGGCGCACAAGGCCGCGCAGCAGAAGCGCAAGAUGGCCGCCAAGGACGAGGGAAAGAAGGAAUCGUUCAAGUUCUGA